AUGACCCACCGUGGUGCCAAGCAGGCCCAUGAGGACGACGGCGACGGCGUCGGGAUCAUGAUUUCUAUCCCGGACGAGUACUACCGCACCUGCUGCACCUUCGCCCUGCCUGAAGCUGGCAGCUACGGUGUCGGAAACCUCUUCAUGCCGCCUCAGGAGGAGAAGCGCGAGGACUCCAUCAAGUUGGUCGAGCGCAUGGCACGGAAGUUGGGGCUCCAGGUGGGGAUUUGUAAACUACUAGUAGGGCUUUCAAAAUACGCUUUGUGA